AUGUGAGCGACACAUUCAUCUUUGUCAGUGAACAAAAUGGCGUCUUACUGCUUAACUGUCACUAGGCUGCGGCUCGCCCUUGGAACCGGGGCAAGGCGUAUUCAUGUCUCCGCGGCCUUCAGCGCCAAGGCCAAGGCGGCCAUGAGCCGCUUUGAGCCCGGCUCCAGCAUUAACUAUGAGAAGAUGCACGAGAACAUCAACAUCGUGCGCAGGAGGCUCAGCAGGCCCCUCACUCUGUCGGAGAAGAUUGUGUACGGUCACCUGGAUGAUCCAGCAGGGCAGGAUAUCGACCGCGGACGCACCUAUCUGCGCCUGCGUCCAGACCGCGUGGCUAUGCAGGAUGCUACUGCUCAGAUGGCAAUGCUUCAGUUCAUCAGCAGCGGUCUGCCCAGGGUGGCGGUUCCCUCCACCAUCCACUGUGAUCACCUGAUCGAGGCUCAGAUCGGAGGGCCGGAGGAUCUGCAAAGGGCCAAGGAAGUAAACGAGGAGGUGUACAACUUUCUUGCCACUGCUGCUGCCAAAUAUGGAGUAGGCUUCUGGAAACCCGGAUCAGGGAUCAUCCAUCAGAUCAUCCUGGAGAACUAUGCCUAUCCUGGAGUGAUGCUGAUUGGUACCGACUCCCACACUCCCAAUGGCGGUGGCCUGGGGUCCAUCUGUAUUGGAGUGGGUGGAGCUGAUGCCGUGGAUGUCAUGGCUGGAAUCCCAUGGGAGCUCAAGUGUCCUAAUGUGAUUGGAGUGAAGCUGACAGGAAGCUUGUCUGGCUGGACUUCUCCAAAGGAUGUCAUCCUGAAGGUGGCUGGCAUCCUGACUGUGAAGGGCGGAACUGGAGCCAUUGUGGAGUAUCAUGGGCCUGGAGUUGACUCCAUCUCCUGCACUGGAAUGGCCACUAUCUGUAACAUGGGUGCUGAAAUUGGAGCCACCACGUCCAUCUUCCCCUACAACCACCGCAUGAAGACGUACAUGGAGAAGACUGGCCGUGGAGAGAUUUCUGCUGUGGCUGAUCAAUUCAAAGAUGACUUGGUCCCAGAUAAUGGCUGUGAAUACGACCAGGUCAUAGAGAUUAACCUGAGCGAGUUGAAGCCUCACAUCAAUGGACCGUUCACCCCUGACCUGGCUCACCCCGUGUCUCAGAUCGGAACGACAGCUAAGAAGAACGGCUGGCCCCUGGAGGUUAAAGUUGGUCUGAUCGGCAGCUGCACCAACUCGAGUUAUGAGGACAUGGGCAGGGCGGCCUCUCUGGCCAAGCAGGCUCUGGAUAGAGGUAUGAAGUGCAAGGCCCAGUUCACAGUCACCCCUGGCUCUGAGCAGAUCCGUGCCACUAUCGAGAGAGAUGGAUAUGCCAAGAUCCUGAGUGAUGUUGGCGGAAUCGUCCUCGCCAAUGCGUGUGGACCCUGCAUCGGACAGUGGGACAGGAAGGAUGUGAAAAAAGGAGAGAAGAAUACAAUUGUCACGUCCUACAACAGGAACUUCACCGCUAGGAACGACGCUAACCCAGCUACCCAUGCUUUUGUCACCUCUCCUGAGAUCGUCACUGCCAUGGCGAUCGCCGGGACCCUCGACUUCGACCCAGAGACCGACUACCUGACCGCUCCGAAUGGAGAGAAGUUCAAGCUGGAAGCCCCCUCCGGUGACGAGCUCCCCUCAAAAGACUUCGACCCGGGCCAGGACACCUACCAGUACCCCCCCGCCGAAGGCACCUCAGUAACGGUGAACGUGAGCCCCUCCAGCAACCGUCUGCAGCUUCUGGAGCCCUUCGACAGGUGGCACGGAAAAGACAUGGAGGACAUGAGGAUCCUCAUCAAGGUGAAGGGAAAGUGCACCACUGACCACAUCAGCGCUGCUGGGCCCUGGCUGAAAUUCCGCGGUCACCUGGACAACAUCUCCAACAAUAUGCUGAUUGGUGCAGUCAACAUUGACAAUGACGGCAUCAACAAGGUGAAGAACCUGCUGACGGGAGAGUUCGGAGGUGUGCCUGAUGUGGCCCGCCACUACAAGGCCAAUGGAGUGAACUGGGUGGUGGUUGGAGAUGAGAACUACGGAGAAGGAUCCAGUAGAGAGCACGCUGCCCUAGAACCACGACACCUUGGAGGACGCGCCAUUAUCGUCAAAAGCUUUGCCAGAAUCCACGAGACUAAUCUGAAGAAGCAGGGCCUGCUGCCUCUGACUUUUGCCGAGCCCCACGACUACGACAAAAUUCGCCCCGAUGAUAAGAUUUCAAUCAAUGGGCUGCAAACCCUUGUUCCCGGCAAGGCCCUGACGGCAGUAGUCAAGCACAGCGAUGGCAGCCAGGAGUCCAUCACUCUAAACCACACCUUCAAUGAGACGCAGAUCGAGUGGUUCAAGGCCGGCUCCGCUCUCAACAGGAUGAAGGAGCUCCAGUAAUUGGUGGAGAGGAGGGAGGUGGGGCCUGUAGGGGCCGCUGAGGGGCCUUGGCGUGGGUUAAGAAGGGGAGAAAUAUGGGCCGAGAGAGAGGGGGGGCUUUGCAAACAGGAAGAGACAAUGUGAACGGUAGAUGGUAACCAGACUUGUUCAUGUUAACGUUGGUUUUAGAGGAACGCUGUAGUCAUGCUCAGUUAAAGACAACACACACACACACACACAAGGUCGCUGUACAGAUGAAAAGCGCACACACACACACACACGAGCGCGUACAUGCACAGACAGGAUUACUGUGAAAGCUCUCCCCGACGAAUCACACAAACGCCCUCAAACGGUCGCACAUAAUCGAAGCUUAGCAGUGUGCGUCUUUAAUAGGCAGCAUCGUUUUCACCGGCAGCACUUAGUUGUUCAUUGAGUGUUUCCCUGCAGCGUUCAGCUGAUUCAUACACAGACGCUCAUCUUUCUCUAUCAAACGUAGCACUUAUUCUCCAAAUUAUGUGUAAAUACAGGCUGGUGGAAGCAUUAACAUAAAGCAUGAUUCAUUAUCAGCUACACUAUAUACACCCUUUAAUGUCCGUAUCCAGCAGUAUACAAACCUGAUUAAGGCCCUGAAUUAAUAAAGUUAAAUGAACCGUUUGUCUCCAAAAUAGUUUCCAUCCAAACAGCUUAAUAAGCUCACUGUGUUCAACUCGCAUGAAUGUUCUUUUCCUUCAUUUCCUCCAGAACAUCUCUCCCACAUGCUCUCUAUCAUUACAAUGCACCACAUGGUGAUGAACUCCACUAGUCGUCUUUCAUUGUCCUCCUGUAGAAAGCUGCUAGAAUUGCCAUUAUUGACUUAAACAAGCGUUCCCUUGCUUAUUGUAGUUUGGAGCCACACUGUAAACACUCUACCAGGCACACUUAUUUACUGUAGCGCAGUAUCCUUGAAAUCCCAUCAGCCCCUGUACUGUCAUUGGAGUCCAGUCUGCAUCACUCAGUCUGAGCCCUUGUGUUUUUCAUGCUGCUGCUGCACUUUUUACUUUCCCAGACUGCUACAUUUCGGCCAACAUGCGAAUCUGCGUUCACUCCCCGCUGCUCUUCCAUUGGUUGCUUGCUCGUUCUCAUUGUCUUUUUGUAUGAUAUAACACCCCACUGUGUGACAACUUGGGACUAGGACACCCAACCACAACACAUACUGCCAUUGUGUUAGUGCUAGCCUUGCUAUUUCUUUUUCUUUCCGUGUGUGUGUGUGUGUGUGUGUGUGUGUGUGUGUGUGUGUGUGUGUUAUGCAUGGUUGUUUUUAUUGGGUAACAUCGGUCUGUGUUUGCAUCUGUGUGUCCCUCUUAGCUCAUUCUGUCUCUCUCGUUGAUCUCACCAGGCUGCUGCAGUCUAAACCACAACCUGAAAUGUUUGGGGACAUGAGCUAUAAUCAAAUUUGUGUUGCUAGAAAUUGAAGCAACAUUUUUAAUGUACAUUCUGGUGUAGCAUAUAGACACAGGAACUCUUCUGUGCCCAUAGAAAUUGCAGCAUAACAGCGUCGCAAAAAGUCCGCUGCAAUGUCCAGAGAAAGCUCUUCUCUUUGAUAGUCUGUCUUUAGUCUCGUCGUCCCAAUGAAAUCCUCUGGAACGAAGCUUCAUAGACGUUAUGUUGUUGUGGUUUCGCUGUGUUAAAGUUUUUCUGUUUGUCCUCACUAUCAUCUUGGAGUUGCCAGCGUGUGAAAUUGCCUCGUGUAGCUGCAAUGGGAGAUGAUGUGUUUGUCUUGGCAUUGAAUGUUUUUCUUCAGGAUGAGGUUCGGCCCUCCAUAGCAUGAGGAGGCCUGCUGUCUUCUUACACACAAUCUAGUGUCCAGAUGCCUGUACACUAGCACUUUGUAGAGUUAGGAAAGUAGUGUUAGCUGUGCUUCCUUUAGUCUCUGCAAACAUUUUACCCUUCAGCGCUCAUCUCUGUCUUACAACUUGUAAUGUCCUUUAAUUGAUACACAAGUUUUGAGACUGUAGAAACGUAUUCAACAUCAUUCUUGUGUUAAGUCUUGCCAUGAUGUAGACCUAGUAUGCGCCACUGAAACAGUCUGGUUAUAUAUUUGUGUGGGCUUGGGGAUGUUUGAGGUCAUUGUUAUGUUUUGCGUGGGAUUACGCUGUUUAGCUCUUGGAGAGUCUUUAAAUCCGUCACUUCUUCAUUGUUCAGUCUACGAAGACUUCGCUUUAGGUUGAUAAUUACAGUUACUGAGUUAAAUCCCGAUGUACUAAAAAAGAGUUUGGACCUGUGUGUAAAUGAUGUGAUAUAUAUAUAGCUGCACUUUGUAUAGGGGUGUGUACAGAAAUGAUAAAAUCAUUAUAUAGAUAUAUAAAUAAAGAGAAUGAGAGAGCAAGUAACAUGCUGUGUGCUGCCUGUCUAAGUGAGAGCUGUUAACUCUGUUUGUGACGACUUGUGACAUAACGUCAUGAAAUAGUGUCCCCUCUGUGGUCUUCAUUGACCUAAUGGUUUCACAAAGUUGUGGGUGAAGUUAAAGCACAGGUACUGGAUUGUAGCUUUCGGUUGCUACUGGGCUUCUACGGUGAAACGGGGCUUGUAAUCCCUAGGUAGGUGACUCUUGGUUGCUUUGUGUAUAUUUCGCAAUCGUUUUGUUCAAAUCAUUUUCAGGGACAGAGGUGAUUAGAAACAGCAGCAGCCGUUAAAGACGUUUUGGACAUGAAUGAGAACGUGAAGGGGUUAUCUGUUCAUAAAUUCAACAUUUUGAGAAUCAUCAUGUGUUCAUGCCCUCUUUAAAACCCAUCACUUUGAUGGUUAAACACUCAUCACUGUAUCAGAUUUACUGCCAAAGAUGCCUGAUGGAAACACUGACAUGUUGAGAAGUAAUGGUUAGUUGUGUUUGAGAAAUCAGCCAUUAUUAUGUGAUCUUUCAUACAAAUCGCAGUGUGUAUAAUUAUCUGAUGACGUACAGAGUGUUGUUACCUAUAGAAUUCACCAGGAUCAAUGUUUAUCGGUAAAACAUCUUAAAAAGUACUGAUUCGUUUAAUCAUCCUUCGUCCUCCGUCAGCACAUUUAAAAACAGCGGCGUGUGAAGCAGUUUGCUCAUUCUGUGAUGUACGAUGAUGCUUUGAUGUUCACGAGUUUUAGAAAGCGCUACUGUAGAGUGACAAAUCAAAUGGUGUUCAUGAAGGCAUGCCUAUUGUGUCAUUUUGUACUCGGGUGUGCUCUGUUUGGCUUCCUCUGAUGUGUGUAAAGACAAUUUUACAACAUGCUUCACUUGUUCAGAUACAGCAAAUAAAUAUGGAAUAUGAACAUCUGUUUUAUUACAGUGAUGAUUCCCCUCACACUCCGGUUUCAGCAUUCAACUUUUUAAAAGUCGAUGAUUCAAAAGCCUGCCGUUGUAUUGCUUGAGAGGUUGAAAAUAUCUUGACAUUAACAAAAUAACCAGUAAAUUAAUAAAGAUAAAGUUGUGAAGUGAA